GAAGUGGCACACCGCAGGUAAUGUCUGCGAAGAGCUUAGCCUGGUGCCGAGGUGGGGCGUCUGCCGCCUGCCCCCUGCCCUGGACUGGACUGAGGAGAUACGGCGCGGACCGAGCAGGGUACGAGGGGCCAUGCAGGUGACGGAAAUGAGGGACGCGGCUGCCAGGACAGGAAUCUCCUGCUUCUUGGACUUUGGCAAGUAAUUGGGUCUUUUAAAGAACGCUCUGCAGACGGGCUCCUGCCACAGAAGCCUCGGCUUGGAGUGGACUGCGGGGCCGUGUGCAGGGAGCCUGCGCAAGUGCAGUCUUGCAUUCCCCUCGUUAGAGCGAGGGCGCCGAUGGAAGGGAAGCCCCCUAAUGGCACAGGCCCCAUGCACGUGCCUUUGGGGCACGUUGUGGCCAAUGAGAAGUGGCGCGGGUCGCAGCUGGCGCAGGAGAUGCAAGGGAAAGUUAAACUCGUUUUUGAGGCUGGUCUGACACCGGUAGAUUUUUACUUGCCUAGCAGAUCCUGCAUUCUUUAUGUCACCGAAGCUGAUUUGGUGGCAGGAAAUGGCUACAGAAAGAGGCUUGUUCGCGUUAGAAAUUCCAGUAGUCUUCAAGGGAUUGUAGUAGUGGAAAAAACGCAGAUGAGUGAACAGUACUUCCCCGCCAUACAGAAGUUUACUGUGCUGGAUCUUGGGAUGGUGUUGCUUCCAGUGGCCAGCCAGAUGGAGGCGUCCUGCCUCAUUAUCCAGUUAGUUCAAGAGCAAACGAAAGAGCCCAGUAAGAACCCUUUUCUCAGGAAGAAACGGCCGCUGAUCUCUGAGCUGUCCCUCCUCCGAACUGUGCAACAGAUCCCAGGAGUUGGAAAAGUGAAAGCUCCCCUUCUGCUUCAGAAGUUUCCAAGUCUCCAGCAGCUGAGUAAUGCUUCCAUCCAGGACCUGGAGCCAGUGGUCGGACAAGCAGUAGCGCAGCACGUUCACGCGUUCUUCACGCAGUCCAGGUGACAACUCCUCUCAUGGCGCUGCUGUUUUCUCCUUCAGCCCACAAACUACAGGAUCUUGUUUUUUCAUAUUAAAAAAACAAGAAAAGAGACCUCCUCCCACAGCAACUAGUGAAAGAUGAGGCGAGGCCUGCAUGGAACCUGCUGGUUGUCCUGCCCUGCUCUCUGGGUUCAGGCAUUUGAGUGAGUGGGCUCCAGAUGGCACCGCCCUCAUUCUGCUAGCAUGAAGAGGGCCAUGAGAUCUUCCUAAGAGAGUCACUUUAAUUAGGGACUCGAAGAUUCAGCAAAAAGCCAGCUUGGGCAGAUUUUAAUGUGUGACCUUGACCUGCAUCUGUCAUGGAAAGGUCUUAUCAAGUUUCAGGUGGUGGAUGUGACCGUCUAAAGGAAACAAACCAACAAUGAAGCACUGUGUACCAUAAGCCCCUUGUUCCUGGUGGCAGAGCCACUGUUCUUCAGGUCUGCUCUUAAUAUACCUGUGCCUUGAGGGCUGCUGCCAGUAUAAACAAACAAUUGUACUGCCUUUUUUCUUCCUUCCUUCCUCCCUCCCUCCCUCCCUGCCUGAUAGCUGCACAGUUUGUUUAUAAUCACUGGGUACGCCUUCUGAACACAGAAAGCCUGGAGUCUGGAGUUCCCAUUUCAAGAUAAAAAGCCAUGUGUGUGAGGGAGGAAGAGAAGGUGUUUGUAAAUGUAUAGCCCAACAGUGGGAAAAUAUAUAGGAAAAUGGCAGGGACAGCUGCAUCCAGAGAGGAGAGUGG